AUGUCCAUCCUGUGCACGAUCAGCGGGCAGACGCCCGAGGAGCCCGUGGUGAGCAAAACGGGAUACAUAUUCGAAAAGCGGCUUAUAGAAAAACACAUCCUGAAUUACGGGAUAUGUCCAGUAAGCGGAGAGGUAUUGACGCUGCAGGAUCUGUAUCCAUUAAAAAAUGAAAAGGUAGUGAAACCUAGACCAAUCACAGCGAGCAGCAUUCCUGGGUUACUCUCCAUCAUGCAAACAGAAUGGGACUCCCUCAUCUCAGAAAUGUUCACAUUAAGGACCCACGUGAAUGAUAUUCGAAAUCAACUAACCCAUAGUCUCUACCAGUACGAUGCAGCAACGAGAGUAAUAGCCAAAUUAUUGAAGGAAAAAAAUAGCUACACAGAAGAAAUUAAAAAAUUGAAGAAUCAAAUUUUAAGCAUCAAAAGUGGAAACGAUUUUCACGAAUUUGAAGUUGGACUAACUGAGGAAUUACUGAACGAGAUGCAAGAAGUUGCAAAGAAUCUCUUGAUGACAAGGAAAAAGAGAAACGUAGAAAAUGUUAGCCCUACUGAGCAAUGGAAACAGGUUACCAACACGAACGAGUUCGAUGUUCACUCAGCUGCACUCCCAGGAGUAACGUGUCUUUCUCUAGAUGUUAACAAAACGAGAUACAGUUAUUAUGAUGAGCAUAUGAAUCAUAAUUUUUUUUCUGGAGGGAUAGAUGGCAAUGUUUAUUAUAUCUCCCUUGAGGAAAAUAAAGUCUUGUCCAAGUUACAAGGGCACUUAAAAAAGGUAUCAGAUAUUGUAGCUCACCCGACUUACUCUCUAUGUAUAUCAGGGGCAAACGAUAAAACGGUACAUAACGUAUGGAUUCUCCAUGACAUGGAAACUGCAAGGACCAUAAAAAUUUGUAAAACGAACCCAAGUCCAUUUAAACAGCUAGCCAUUCAUCCAGAUGGGAUAAUGAUUGGGAUCGGUUCUGAAGAUUCACAUAUAUAUAUUUAUGACAUUAAAAGUCAGGAGUAUAAAGCAUCCUUGAGUGGUCAUACAAGUGAAGUAAAUUACAUUUCGUUUAGUGAGAAUGGAUACUACUUAGCUUCUUGUUCGAAGGAUAAGACAGCUAAAUUGUGGGACCUAAGAAAAGCACAGUGUUUUCAAACCAUAGAGUUGAAGGAACUUCCACGGAAUGUUCAAUUUGAUUUUUCGGGGAAGUAUUUUUCGCUAGCUGCUGGGAAUGAUAUACACAUAUACAACUUCGAGACCAAGACGCAGGCCAACCUUGUGAAGACCCUCUCGUCGCACACAGACACCGUUACGCAGACGUGCUUUGGCAGCAGGACGGCCUACCUCCUCUCCAGCUCGAUGGACAAAACGGUCAAAGUGUGGAGUUAG